UUUGUCGCCUUUUUUUUUUUUUGCCUGCAAUCUCACUCACGGUCGAUGCAUGUGAGCCAAGAUCAGAUUGAGACUUGAGUUAUUGUGACGGGAAGGCGCUCGAGGACUUCUGUUGCCCCACUUCUUCCAUCUCGCAACUGGACUUAAUUGACAUGAGGUGCAUGACCUUGUGUAACGCGUAGGGGAGGGCGGGACUUGAGAACAAGCUUGCCUUUUUUACCACUCAUAGAUUCCCACAGCUGAAUUGGCCAUAUUCGGGCCAGAAAAAUUUUAUUCGGUUCUUUUUAGGUUUAGAUGCGAGGAAUCACGGAUGCCAAGGAGAUAACGGGGGCCAAAUGCCAUCUUUGAGAUCAAAGUCUACAGGUAAAACGCGAUAUCACGUGUGUCACCAGGCCGCGCACGGGCCUUAGGUGGAAUCGAAUUGCUGCUACUACCUGUCGAACCAAUAUGGUCCCUUCUCUUCAUCUCCUAGCCAGGUCCUAGGCGAGCAAGCAAUCAAGCAAGCGACGAAUCCAGGCCCUUCCUUUAGUGCUCGGAAAAGAUGAACCACAAGAAUUGGAGCGAUCGUGCAGAUCGGGAUUUAUUCUUUACGAUUUUGUCAGUAAAGCAAAUCGGAGUGAUAAGUGGGGCGGAAUGGCAAACAAUCGGCAGCCACAUGCGCACGCUAGGUUAUGGCUUCACCAAUGAAGGAUGUCGUCAACAUUUCCAAGGCCUACGGCGUGCCCAGAACAAAGCCGAGGCCAAUGAUACUGUCGAAAGUAGUCCCAGGAGAACCGAUCCGACAUUGAACCCCAUUACACGCAGGCCCGGACCCGGACGUGGACGUCCGCGAAGGCUGCCGGGAAAAGGAGAAAUACCCACUGAUGGAGAGGCUCCCGUAACACCGACAACUCCAGUGCCUGCGCAAGACCAGCAAGACAUGAAGUAUCACGUGCAACCACCAGCAGAACCUCAGUUUCAAGUGCAAAUAGGGGAUACACAUCUUCAAAACACUUCUCUUCGCCAUACCCAUCAACAACACAACUUACACCAGCACGAGCAAUCGCAGCAUUAUAAUCAACAGCAAGAACAACAACAGCAACAGCAACAACAACACCACCAAUCACAGUCACAACCACAGCCCAUGGCAAUGAUGGUUCCUUUGCAUGCAGACGGCAUUGAUUUUGGCCCCCAUGAUCCCCACGAUGACGACGACGACCACGCCGGGCAUGAUAUAAAACGACAACGACAGGAAUCCCCCACUGACGCGUCUCUGGAGGACGAGGCAGUACUCCAUGCUCUGGCUGCCGCCAACGGGACUGGAGCUGUUGAUAGUUAUUCUGAUGACUUUGGGUACGGUGAGGCGUGAGGAUUGGUUUUCUGGCAAGGCACUAAUCGUUGGGGCUGGUAUUUUAUAUGACGGGAGUUAUGGGAGCAAAAGGGCACAGGGAUUAGCGUGAAAUGGAUAUGAAUACACGGUGUACUAGGUAUGAAAGCGAUAUUUGGCCGUUGUUUGCUUCUCGUUUAAUGCCACUAAAGAAGCUUUGAAAGGCAACCGGUUGUUGGUCAGUUUGCUUCGGCUUGUCCUCCAUAAAAUUCAACGAAUCUGAUGGGAUCAACUUUCGUUCAUACCACUACCACCACCAAAUCACUUCCUCGAAGGUACACAACACCCAACAACUUUCCUCUUAACCUGUUUUCACCAAUUUUACCAGACCAGCAACAAAAU